AAUGCAUUCAUCGUUGCUUUCUACCACGAAUCAAAACUUGUUUGAUUUUUGCCGUAAAUAGUAAUCUGCGUCGCAAUAUUCCUGUUGUGCCGUUAAAAAGUUUUCUUGUUGAUUAUUGCUCUGAUUACAAGUCUGUGAAAUUAAAUAAUCUUUCAAAAUGUUCACGACUAUCUAGAAAAAUAUGGAGCGGUUCCCUCUCAAAUCUUCUGUUUCAAAAAUGGGCACAACAUAUCAAUCUGUCUUCAAAAAGGGUACAAACACAAGCAACGGGCGUGGAGCUCAUACAUCAACAGAUGAUGACAUGGUAGAUAUAACACCUGGGCCGCAACGAGCGGCGGAUUCUAGCUCUACACCCACCAACCACGGGACUUUCCAGCUAUACGAGCACAGCGGUAGGAACAGCAACGCUAGUGCAAGUUCAUUCAUCGCUCAGUACUUCAGUUCGUCAACCGGGGACGCAGUUAUAUUAUCCGGAAUGCAAGGCGACACGGAUGAAAUUCCGGGAAUUGGCCAGUACGAUGAUUUCCACACUAUCGAUUGGCAGCGGGACAUCGCGCGUGACCGGAUGCGGCACAGAUACAUUGUGAAGAAACGUCAAGAUUCUCUAUGGGAUCUCAUAAAAGGUGCCCACGACGCGUGGUCAGGAUGGGUGUGCGUGCUCCUCGUUGGUGUCUGCACGGGAGUCGUGGCCGGUGUUAUAGACAUUGGGGCUUCAUGGAUGACGGACCUUAAGUUCGGCAUAUGCCCGCAGGCGUUCUGGUUCAACAGGGAGCAGUGCUGCUGGUCAAACGAUGAAAUUACCUUCGAUCAUGGGAAUUGUUCUGAGUGGAUGACCUGGCCUCAGCUGUUCGGCGAGUCUCGCGAAGGUCCCGGGGCUUACAUCAUCAGCUACUUGUUCUAUAUCGUUUGGGCGCUGCUCUUCGCCGCUCUGUCAGCCUCGCUCGUACGGAUGUUCGCGCCCUACGCCUGUGGAUCUGGUAUACCCGAGAUAAAGACCAUCCUGAGUGGUUUCAUCAUAAGGGGCUACCUCGGCAAGUGGACGCUCAUCAUCAAAGUAGUCGGCCUGAUUCUGUCAGUAUCAUCCGGUUUGUCGCUUGGAAAGGAGGGGCCCAUGGUACACAUAGCGAGUUGCUUAGGUAAUAUCCUAUCCUACUUGUUCCCGAAGUACGGUCGGAAUGAAGCGAAAAAACGCGAGAUACUGUCCGCUGCUGCGGCUGCGGGAGUGUCGGUCGCCUUCGGAGCUCCUAUCGGAGGGGUGCUCUUCAGCCUUGAAGAGGUCUCAUACUACUUUCCGCUGAAAACGUUAUGGCGUUCGUUCUUCUGCGCGCUGAUCGCGGCCUUCAUCCUGCGCUCGAUCAAUCCCUUCGGCAACGAGCACUCUGUGUUAUUCUUCGUGGAGUACAACAAGCCCUGGAUAUUCUUCGAGCUCAUACCGUUUGUCGGCCUCGGUAUCAUAGGCGGUUGCAUCGCUACCAUAUUUAUAAAGGCAAACAUUUAUUGGUGCCGCUACCGCAAAUACUCGAAGCUCGGCCAGUACCCGGUUACCGAAGUACUAGUGGUGACAUUGGUCACCGCUAUCAUCGCUUAUCCCAACCCGUACACACGGAUGAAUACGAGCCAACUGAUUUAUUUGCUGUUCAAUCAGUGCGGAAUUUCGAACUCGGACCCGCUGUGCGAUUACAACCGCAACUUCACCGAUGUAAACUCUGCAAUAGAGAAGGCAGCUGCAGGACCGGGAGUUUACCAGGCAAUUUGGCUGCUCCUCCUCGCUCUCAUCCUCAAGCUAGUGAUGACGGUCUUCACUUUCGGUAUCAAGGUCCCUUGCGGACUUUUCAUUCCUAGUCUUGCUUUGGGUGCCAUCGCUGGAAGGAUUGUGGGAAUUGGAGUGGAGCAGCUUGCUUAUAACUAUCCGAAGAUAUGGCUGUUCUCCGGAGAGUGUUCGACCGGUGACGAUUGUAUUACACCCGGACUCUAUGCCAUGGUGGGCGCGGCGGCGGUACUGGGUGGAGUCACUAGGAUGACUGUAUCACUCGUGGUAAUAAUGUUCGAGUUGACUGGUGGCGUUCGAUACAUAGUACCUCUGAUGGCUGCCGCUAUGGCAUCUAAAUGGGUAGGCGACGCAUUGGGAAGGCAGGGCAUAUACGACGCUCACAUCGCUCUCAACGGAUACCCAUUCCUGGACAGCAAGGACGAGUUCCAGCACACGUCCCUAGCUGCGGAUGUCAUGCAGCCAAAACGCAACGAAACCUUGGCCGUGAUCACCCAAGAUUCGAUGACCGUGGACGAUGUUGAAACUUUGCUGAAGGAGACUGAGCAUAACGGUUACCCAGUGGUUGUCUCUAAGGAGUCGCAGUACCUCGUCGGAUUCGUUCUGCGCAGGGACCUCAACCUCGCUAUUGCUAAUGCUCGCCGCACAAUGGAAGGGAUAAUUGGUCAAUCGGUGGUGAUAUUUGCCGGCCCAGUCCAACCUCAGUCUGGACCUCCCAGCCUCCCUCUCAACCGCAUACUCGACAUGGCUCCCAUCACCGUGACUGACCAGACUCCCAUGGAAACCGUCGUGGAUAUGUUCCGCAAGCUGGGAUUGAGGCAGACCCUGGUCACUCAUAAUGGUCGUUUACUGGGCGUGAUAACGAAGAAGGAUGUCCUGAGGCAUGUGAAACAGAUGGACAACGAGGACCCGAACUCGGUCUUGUUCAACUAGACAAUACCGGGCCAUGUAAUCAAGUAUACAAAGAUAAUAUGAUCUAUAUAUGAUUAUAAUCUUAUCUAGAUAUACGCAUGCUAUUUAGUGGCGAUUCAAAAAGACUAGGCACCAUAGAGUUACUAAAAAGAUUUUAUCAGAUGUUUUAAUGAACGUACGUGAUGGACAAAUAUAAAAAAAAAUCACUAUUAAUGUUACUCGAUGUCAUCAUUUUAGCGUAACCUAUGUAUAUUUUAUAUGAAUAGUUGAUUAUUAUAAGUAUAUGCCAAAAGUAGACAAAACGUGUAUGAGAAACAGUUAAUAUUACAGCCGGUGCGUUAGUCUUUUAAAUUUCCGCUAUUUACAUUUUUAAAUGUUUAUUUUAAUUUGUAUGUGUAUAAUGAGGGCCGUUUGAGCUGAACGGAUUUUAGUGUAGCUAUUCAUUUAUUAUUCGACUUUACAUAGUAAUUAUUAUCAUGAUUUUAAGGAUGUAAUCAAAUAUAUAUUUUAAUAUUUUUAAGUUUUAGCGUUUUUAUAAUCGUUUUAAUAAUGAAUGAUGUAAGUAAUGUAACCAUAAUUGAAAGUAAUCAGUGUUAACAAAUAUUAUAGAGGUAAUUAGUUAUGAAUACGUUUACCACAUGUAAUCAAUAAAUUAACGUAACGUCAAACUAUAAAUCUCCGUUAAAAUGUUUCUGAAUAAACACAAGUCCAUUAUGAGCCUAGAAAAUAAUAUAACGCGCUUGUAAGAUACGCGAUGUAACGUAUACAUUCCUAAUGAGAUUAUCGCUUAUAGACCUUUUGUCCUAAAUAGGCUCAGACAUUUGAAUACAGAUGAUUAUUCAUUAACCGUAGCUAUGUUAUAUAUUUCUUGAAACGAUAAAUAUAAUUUAACGGAGUAUUUGUACGAGAUAUAUAUAAAGGUAUUUUAUAAACGUUAAUUUAAUUUGAAACUUCCGUUCCAGUGUUCGCUGUGACCUCCGUUGCAAUAUUCGUCAUAAUAUAAUAUCAUCGUUAUGAAUAUUUAUUUCGUGGAAUUUAGAACUAGCUGCGACAUAAAAUAAUUUAAAGCAAUACAUAGACAUAAUCAUUAACGGCCCUGCCGAUAUUCGUUGCAUAGCGAGUGAGUGAGAUACACUCACCUCUCUCUCUCUCUCUCUCUCUCUCUUUCUUUUUUCAUCGAUGAUUGAAAUUCGAAAGGAGACGGCAUCGUUUGACUAUAGAGCCGCUACGCAACGUUUAUAACUGAGGCGUAAAUAUAUAAGAAAUAUUAUUUAAAUAUGAAUUUAAUUUAAUUUGUAAGUGAAUAGUAUUCAUUAAGGCUACCUCCAGCUAAUUCGUUUAACAACGCUGACAGUUAUUAUUUUCAUAUUCGUUUACUUUUAAUCAGUGCAAUGUACUGUUACUAUUGGCAGCUCGCUUGGAUAACAUUCGAAUAGAUUUCGUGUAUAUAUUAAGCAAUGAAUUGUUUUUGUUUUACAUGAUAAAUACUAUGAACUAAAUACGUGUUUAAUGUAUGGUGUAAUUAUGCUAUCGAAUGGAUUCUCAAUGAAGUAACAGUCACCUUAUGUUAUCGGUGUAAACGUAUGUAUUAGAAAAUCGAUUCUUUAUUCUAUAUUUUAUGUAAAUUUUUAUCUAAAUGUACAUUUUGUAAUAAUUGUCGUUUAUUGUAAUCAAAUAUUUAUGAGAUGUAAAUGAUAAUAUGUAUAAAUGUUAAAUAACAGCGUAAGAGCAUUCGACGAGGUGCCUUACACCGCUUCAGGUUUUAGACUAUUGAUGUUAACGUUAUUCAAUCGACGUUUUAUUAAUGAACGUGUUGUAAUUAAUACAAGCAUCGCUCGCUAUCGACAUUUUAGUUGUUUUGCCACAGUACAGGGGAAUAUCUUUCGAAUGAUACGAUAUCCCCUCAUAUAAUAAAUACUAGAAAUGUAAAACAUAUCUAAUAACCCCAGUUCAUUAAUGAGACGUAUUGAAUUACGGAAUCUAUGUGGUAAAUUUAAAUAUAAACGGCUUAGAGUGCCCGAGUUAUUCCGUAGUCGGCCUGAGAUCAUAUCCGUUGUGACGUAGGAUCGAAUAAACGAAUAUCGUAGGCGCAAUAACAUUGCUUGUAGUUGAAAAUAAUAGUGACAUUUAUUUAGAAAUCGUUAAAGUAAAUAGAUUUAUUUCGAUUUUUUUUUUUUUUUUAUCGAUGAACAUUUUUAGUGGAUUAUAUUAGAUGUUAUAUACAUUUCGAGUUUUUUUAAUAAUAUGUACUGAACAAAAAAAUUGUACAUAAUAAUAUCAGUCGUAGUAUUAGUAUAAUUUCGUAGGUGUAGUGGUGUAUACAGCUUUGCACAUUUCUAUGAUAUAUUACUGUGUUUUUGUUUUUAUUUAUAUAAUUUAAUUGUAUUUUUAAAAAUAUUUACUUUAAACGUACUACUGUACUAAAUAAUUUGUCAGUUGUCAGGUGUAGUAUUAAACAUCUCAGUUUAACUCUAUUUGUAAUUGCAUAAUAGGCUUUUUUUUAUUGUUUUUUUAAUAAGGCUUUUUAUAUAAACGUUUGUGAUUACACAACACAGUGCAAUUAAUAUGUGAUUUUCAUUGCAGCUCACUAUUUAAAUUCACAAUAUUUAACGUAUUACAAAUAAUAAUUUUUAAUGUAAAUAUAUAAAAUAUUAAUAUACACUAAUGUAAUGAAAACUAAGUGUAAAUCGCUGCGGGCAAUAGUUUGUCAUAUAAUCAAUAUCUUUCAUUCAUAACAUAUUUUUGUAAGAUGGAUACAGUUGGUGAGUACCGAGCAAAGCCUUUAAAAUUAAUAAAUAUUUUCAUCUCUUACAAGUGGACCGAUGGUAGCCGCUAUUCUCACCGUUUCCAUUGUUAUUCUUAUAUGAAUAUAUGUAUAUAUACCGUAGCAGUCUGUGUAUGUCCCACUGCUGGGCUAAAGGCCUCCUCUCCUCUUUUUAAGGAGAAGCUUUGGAGCUUAUUCCACCACGCUGCUGCGAUGCGGGUUGGUGCAAUAUAUAUAUAUAUUUCCAGUGAAACCGUAAAACAAUUGUGUUUCUCUACGGCGUCCAUCCAAUGUCGAAGGCCGAUCUGUAUCGUAUUCACCGCUGUAUAAAAGGACUGAUGAAACAAUUUAGAUGUUUGUAAAUAUACACUAUUAUCAUAUACACGUAACGCGUUCUACCUUACGCGACACUUUUGUAGAGAAUAUAUAUGUACAUGACGACUGAGGUAACAGCUCUUAUGACUAACAUUGUAAUGCGAUUUAAGACGCGCUACUUCCCUCUCAAGUGUGUGUUAAUAUGUUAAGAUCUUACUGUUCGUGCAGAAUAAAGGCAAAUAAAGUGUU